UUGGCCACUCCAAGCUCUACGGGGAACAGCAUCGGCGCGCCACGAAUGACGUGUGCGGCCAGCGUUAGCUUAGCUUAGCUUGCCGCCAGUUUGAGGACGAUAAACUCGUUCGGGGUGGAAAUAUGCCUCGUAGGUGCGUCGUGUUUGGCUGCUCGAAUCAGAAGGAUGACAGACAGAAUGUUAGCAUUCAUGGUUUUCCAAGGAACCCACAGUUACACCGAAAGUGGGAGAAAAGUGUCCAGAGGACUCGGGCGCAGUGGGCGGCCACAAAGUGGAGCUACAUCUGCAGCGCGCACUUCUCCGAGGACAGCUUCGAGGAAGGACCCAUGCUCAUGUCUGAAAUGGGCAUAAACGUGAUGCGAAAGCGCGUGUUGAAGCCAACAGCAGUCCCGACGAUAUUCCCCCAACCAGGGCAAAGUGUGCGACCCGAGGAGGCUGCAGAUAGUCCCGGAGCGGCGAAGCGAAAACGGCCCGGUGUGCAGCAGCUGUUGGUUGAACAGGACAUUUCCCCUGAGCAGCAGGAGUUGACCUGCAGUCUGGGUGAUACAAACAACAAACUCCACAUAAAAGAGCAAGAUGAGGAACUGCAGAAAAAUGCACGGCAACUGUUGGUGAAACCAGUUGUCUCCCCUGAGCAGCAGGACCGGACCUGCAUUCUGGGUCAGGACAACAAUCUUAAUCACAUUAAAAGGGAAGAGGAGGAACCAGCGAUAAAUGAACAGCAGCUGUUGGUGAAACAAGACGCUUCCUCUGAGCAUCAGGAGUGGACCUGCAGUCUGGGUCAAACAGACAGCACACUCUGUCACAUAAAAAAGGUUGAGGAGAAGCUGUGGACAAGUAAGGAAGGAGAGCAUCUUCAAGUGCUGGAGGUUGAAGCCAUCACCUCUGCACAUGAUGCGAAACCUCAGUCUUCACAUUAUCAUCAAUCACAAACUGAGGAAAAUGGAGAAGCUGAGCUGCCCUCCAGCAGGUCACCUGAACAGAUGAAGACAAAAUCUAAUGGAAAACAGUGUGGAGGAUUAGAAAUAGCAAGCACAAUUAAAAAAGAAAGUUAUUCACAAAGACACAUUGAUAUCAUUUUCCAACCUUCUGAACCUGAGAAUGAAUCCAGAGAUAUUGAUGGGGAUGAGACCACUAAAUUGGAGUCAUGUUUAUACUCACUGAAAAAUGAGAUAACCCCUCUUUGUGAUAAAUUUAAUGGUGGUGUGGAAGUAUAUAGCCAUGAACAUGGUAAAACGAUUGGUCACAUGGGCAUUGUGAUGAGAAACGUGACAAGUCGUACAAGGGAGAAAUCAUUUAGCUGCUCUCAGUGUGGAAAAAUAUUUAAACGAAAUGACAACCUGAGGGCACACAUGAUAAUUCAUACAGGAGAGAAACCAUUUAGCUGUUCUAAGUGUGGUAAAACAUUUAAUCGAAGUGACAACCUGAAGAUACACAUAAUGAUUCAUACAGGAGAGAAGCCAUUUUGUUGCUCUGAAUGCGGUAAAGGAUUUCGCAAAAAGGACCAUCUGAAGGUGCACAUGAUGUGUCAUACAGGAGAGAAACCAUUUAGUUGCUCAGAGUGUGGUAAAACAUUUAGCAUGAAGGGUCAUCUGAAGAUGCACAUUAUGUGUCAUACAGGGGAGAAACCAUUUAGCUGUUCUGAAUGUGGUAAAGCAUUCUCAGAAUCGUCAUCUUAAGACCAUAUGAUACUUCACAAAGGAGAGAAACCAUUUAGUUGUUCUGAAUGUGGUAAAACAUUUCGUUAUGACUGUGAUCGGAAAUCCCACAUGAUAAUUCACACAGGGUACAAAC